CAGAUGGCAGUCAUGCCUAACCAAACAAACCUAUAAGCCCUAACGACUACAAACCCUUUGUUCAUCGCUGCUGCACCCACGAUCCAUGCCACCGUCGUAGAUCCUCUCUCUCCAUGUUGCAGUUGCCCUCAAUGAACUUCGCUCUAUGUCACCACCACCACUUCUUUGAUCUAGGUCGGCACCUCUAUUCACAACCGUCUCUGCCCACAACCGUCUCUUCUUCUCGUUACAGAACAGUUGUUCCUCACAUUAGCAGUUAACCAAAGAUAUCAAUUAGAGGUUAGAAGUAGGUCGAGUUCCAUUCGACGGUCAUCUCUAGCUGUUGUAUCUUACGCUCAAUCGCAGGUUGUCUCUUACAGUCGGUUAUCUCUGUUCAAUCGUUCACCAUCCCUGCUAAAUCGACUCUGCAACUACGAUUCUAAAACCGAGAACUCUACAAGUCUUUAUGUCUUUAUCAGUUUAUUGUUGUAAAUAUGUGCACGACAAUCCUGAGGAUAUCACAAAAGAGGAAGCUUGUUUGGCCGCUAACCAUGUGAAUGAAUUUGCUACACAUGUAGUUGGUUCCCCUCUAACCGAAGCUGGUGAAGGAGCUACCAAUCUUCAUGUAGACCAUGGAGUUGGUGACCAAGACCUUUCAAUGGCCAUGCAUGAAACGUCAGGGUCAGGGUCAAAGUACAUGUUACUAACUUUGAAGCAUGGUAUGGAAUUAUUGGAGCCUUUGGUAGAUGUGCCUGUUAUUUGGUGUCCCUUGAUUUUUUGA